UUUACAACCCAAAUAAUUCAAUGCUUCAAGCUCAACAUCACCUUUCUGCAAUGAGGGCAGCACGCAUGAACUGCUCAGUGAUUAUUGGCUCAAUUUGAAAGAUAAAAAACGUUGAUCUUCACACAGAUGACACAUUUAAUGUUGGUCUUUUUUGUCUUUGGGGUGCGAGUGAGUAGUGAGUGCAUUACCUGGAAACUACGUCUCGAUGAGUGGGAGGUGUGAAAAUGUUUUUUUUGUGAUGGUGGUCUCAACAAAACCACCACCUCGUGGGACCAGCCUUGUUGUGGUUUAAUGUCCUUCUGUGGGGGUGCUGUUAAAUGUAUAAAUGACACACACAGAGACAGACACACUCAGAGAUCUGCACUCACUGGCAGCCAUGGACACCUCUUCGAUCCUCAUUGUGUGCAUUCUGGUGACAUGUUCAGUAUGGACAAUCCACGGCAGAAGCAUCAAGGUCAACAUUGAUGAUCAGGAGCCGGGGGAAAUGGAAAUCUCUGUGGAGGCUGGAAAGCUUCCAGGUGUGUGCUGGGCGUGCAAGUGGGCUUUAAAUAAGGUGAAGAAAACGGUCGGACGUAACGCCACAGCAGAGAAACUGAAGUCAAAGCUGAUGGUCGUCUGCAACAAGAUUGGCCUCUUAAAAUCGUUGUGCCGCAAAUUUGUCAAGUCACACCUCCCAGUUUUAAUCGAGGAGCUCACGACCACAGAUGAUGUGCGGACCAUCUGUGUCAACACCAAAGCCUGCAAGCCAAAGGAGUUGUUGCACCAAGUUUAUCAAAGUGACGAUGGGGGUGUUCAAAUACAAAUUAAUGAAUAUCCCGAGGGUCGCAUGCAUGGAUGAAUAAAACAAUGUAAACCAGAAGUGCUUGUGGUAGAGACCGAAUCACCACACAGUACAUUAAGAAUAUGAUAAAUUAGCUUUCAGCUUUAUUUCUCUCACUGCAUUUACUUUCUCUUGUACCUUUACUUUUUCUUUGAAAUGCCUGUAAUGUGAUUUGCAAUUUCUGUAUCUGUGCACAAAUUAUCCAAAUAAAUGUUUGCAUUUCAAA